CCUGAGGCCUCACCACUCUCACAUAAUAUUGUUCUAUUUUAUAAAAUAGACACUAGAAAGUUAGAGGUGUUCUCUUUGCUUCUAGGGUUUCAGAGGAAAUGGCUUCCAGAAGCACUGCCUCACUUGCUCUCUUCCUGGUCGUCAAUCUCCUCUUCUUCACCAUGGUUGCUAACGCCUGUAACACAUGCCCUCGACCAAAGCCGAAGCCGAGGCCGAGGCCGAGGCCAAGGCCAACCCCAAGCCCUGGUACCCCUUCCACCCCAAGCCCUGGUACCCCUUCCACCCCAAGCCCCGGUACCCCUUCCACCCCAGGUACCCCUUCCACCCCUUCUGGCACCGCCACUUGCCCCAGGGAUGCCCUAAAAUUGGGGAUUUGUGCUAAUGUCCUCAAUAACUUGCUUAACGUCACCAUUGGCACACCUCCAGUUCAACCUUGCUGCACUCUCAUCCAAGGCCUUGCCGAUCUCGAAGCUGCUGUAUGCCUCUGCACUGCCAUCAGAGCCAGCAUUCUCGGCAUCAACCUUAACAUUCCUAUUGCACUCAGCUUGCUUCUUAACGCCUGUGGAAACCAGGUCCCAAGAGGGUUCCAAUGUUCCUAGACUAAAAUUAAGGAAAAAAAUAAGUAUUAUUUUCUUUAAUUUCCACUAUUCUAUAUAUAGCUCUAAUUUCUUGUUAAGCAGAGUGUGCAAUUAUUAUGUAAGGUGUGAGUAGUACGUAUUGGUGGGUUUGCUUGAAUUAUGCAGUGGAGUGAUUGGUGAAUAAGUUUCACUCAGUAUUGUUUACUAUACUAUGUAAUCAUAUCUGGGAUGAAAUGUAAAAGUUCUAUCAUUUAUUUUAGUUGUAGUA